CACGCAGCUCCGCCGGCGGCCGCGGGAGGAAGGGCCGGGCGGGCGCAGGGGAGCGCGCCGGCGGCCCUGGCCCCGCGGGAGCGCGGCUGCGGCGCGCGGAGUCGGGGCGGCGGGGGGCGGGCGGCCGCCUUCCCUGCGUCGCUGCCUGGCGCGGGCCGCCACCCGCGGGGAUGCGAGGCCCGCGAGGCCCGGAGCGGCGCGAGGCCGGCCGCACACGCUCCACCCACUUUGGCUCGGCACCGGCUCCCAAAGGCUAAAAAUAUUGCCCGGAGGCUCCUGAGCGGAACCGGACCGCGCUCAGCCGGGCACAGGGCACCGGCGACAGCGCUCCCGGCCCCGCACCGCCGGCUGCCGGCGGCCUCUCUCCGCGCAGCAGGUGUGUGCAGCGGCCAGGAUGAAGCUGAAGAAGCAGGUGACGGUGUGUGGGGCCGCGGUCUUCUGCGUGGCCGUCUUCUCGCUCUACCUCAUGCUGGACCGAGUGCAGCACGACCCCGCCCGGCACCAGAAUGGCGGGAACUUCCCCCGGAGCCAAAUUUCUGUGCUGCAGAACCGCAUCGAGCAGCUGGAGCAGCUGCUGGAGGAGAACCACGAGAUCAUCAGCCACAUCAAGGAGUCCGUGCUGGAGCUGACCGCCAACGCCGAGGGCGCGCCCGCCCUGCUGCCCUACUACACGGCCAACGGCUCCUGGGUGGUGCCGCCGGAGCCCCGGCCCAGCUUCUUCUCCGUCUCCCCCCAAGACUGCCAGUUCGCUCUGGGGGGCCGGGGCCCGAAGCCGGGGCUGCAGAUGCUGACCGUGUCGGAGGAGCUGCCUUUCGACAACGUGGACGGCGGGGUGUGGAAGCAGGGCUUCGACAUCUCCUACGGCCCCCACGACUGGGACGCCGAGGACCUGCAGGUGUUCGUGGUGCCGCACUCGCACAACGACCCAGGCUGGAUCAAGACCUUUGACAAGUACUACGCGGAGCAGACCCAGCACAUCCUCAACAGCAUGGUGACCAAGCUGCAGGAGGAUCCCCGGCGCCGCUUCCUCUGGGCCGAGGUCUCCUUCUUCGCCAAGUGGUGGGACAACAUCAGCGCCCAGAAGAGGGCGGCCGUCCGGAGGCUGGUGGGCAACGGGCAGCUGGAGAUGGCCACCGGAGGCUGGGUGAUGCCCGACGAGGCCAACUCCCAUUACUUUGCAUUGAUCGACCAGCUCAUCGAGGGACACCAGUGGCUGGAGAAGAAUCUCGGUGUGACCCCGCGCUCGGGCUGGGCCGUGGACCCCUUCGGACACAGCCCCACCAUGGCUUACCUGCUGCGCCGUGCCAACCUGACCAGCAUGCUGAUUCAGAGGGUACACUAUGCUAUCAAGAAGCACUUCGCUGCCACCCACAGCCUGGAGUUCAUGUGGAGGCAGAGCUGGGACUCGGACUCCAGCACAGACAUCUUCUGCCACAUGAUGCCCUUCUACAGCUACGACAUCCCCCACACCUGCGGCCCGGACCCCAAGAUCUGCUGCCAGUUCGAUUUCAAACGCCUGCCUGGCGGGCGCAUCAACUGCCCGUGGAAGGUGCCUCCUCGCGCCAUCACCGAGGCCAAUGUGGCCGAGAGGGCAGCGCUGCUCCUGGACCAGUACCGCAAGAAGUCCCGGCUCUUCCGCAGCAACGUGCUGCUGGUGCCGCUGGGCGACGACUUCCGCUACGACAAACCCCAGGAGUGGGACGCCCAGUUCUUCAACUACCAGCGGCUCUUCGACUUCCUCAACAGCAAGCCCGAGCUGCACGUGCGGGCCCAGUUUGGCACCCUCUCCGACUACUUCGACGCCCUGUACAAGAGGACGGGGGUGGAGCCGGGGGCCCAGCCCCCGGGGUUUCCCGUGCUGAGCGGAGAUUUCUUCUCCUACGCGGACCGGGAGGACCAUUACUGGACCGGCUACUACACCUCCCGGCCGUUCUACAAGAGCCUGGACCGCGUCCUGGAGGCCCACCUGCGCGGGGCGGAGAUUCUCUACAGCCUGGCAGCCGCUCACGCCCGCCGCUCCGGCCUGGCCAGCCAGUACCCGCUCUCGAACUUCGCCCUCCUGACCGAGGCCCGGCGCACCCUGGGGCUCUUCCAGCACCACGACGCCAUCACGGGCACUGCCAAGGAGGCCGUCGUGGUGGACUACGGGGUCAGGCUGCUGCGCUCCCUCGUCGGCCUGAAGCAGGUCAUCAUCAACGCGGCUCACUACCUGGUGCUGGGGGACAAGGAGGCCUACCGCUUCGACCCCGCGGCGCCCUUCCUCCACAUGGAUGACACCCGCUUAAACCACGAUGCCCUGCCGGAGCCCACGCUGAUCCAGCUGGACUCCUCGCCCAGGUACGUGGUGCUCUUCAACCCGCUGGACCAGGAGCGGCUCAGCGUGGUGUCCCUGCUCGUCAGCUCGCCCCGGGUGCGCGUCCUGUCGGACGAGGGCCAGCCCCUGGCCGUGCAGGUCAGCGCCUACUGGAGGUCCGCCACCGACAUGGUCCCCGACGUCUACCAGGUGUCCGUGCCCGUCCGCCUGCCGGCGCUGGGCCUGGGCGUCCUGCAGCUGCAGCCCGGGCUGGACGCCCACCGCACCCUGCCCUCCUCCGUGCGCGUCUACCUGCACGGCCGGAAGCUGGCCGUCAGCCGGCACGAGGCCUUCCCCCUCCGCGUCAUGGACUCCGGCCCCGGCGACUUCGCCCUCAGCAACCGCUACAUGCAGGUCUGGUUCUCAGGCCUUAGCGGGCUCCUCAAGAGCGUCCGAAGGGUGGACGAGGAACGCGAGCAGCGCGUGGACAUGCAGUUCCUGGUCUACGGCACCCGCACGUCCAAGGACAAGAGUGGCGCCUACCUCUUCCUGCCUGACGGCGAGGCCCAGCCCUACGUGCCCAAGGAGCCCCCCGUGCUGCGUGUCACCGAAGGCCCCUUCUUCUCGGAGGUGGCGGCGUACUACGAGCACGUCCACCAGGUGGUCCGGCUCUACAACCUGCCAGGGGUGGAGGGGCUGUCGCUGGACUUGUCGUCGCUGGUGGACAUCCGGGACUACGUCAACAAGGAGCUGGCCCUGCGCAUCCGCACGGACAUCGACAGCCAAGGCACCUUCUUCACCGACCUCAACGGCUUCCAGGUGCAGCCCCGGCGGUACCUGAAGAAGCUGCCCCUGCAGGCCAACUUCUACCCCAUGCCCGUCAUGGCCUACAUCCAGGACGCCCAGAGCCGGCUCACCCUGCACACGGCACAGGCCCUGGGCGUCUCCAGCCUCCACAACGGCCAGCUGGAGGUGAUCCUGGACCGGCGGCUGAUGCAGGACGACAACCGAGGCCUGGGCCAGGGGCUCAAGGACAACAAGAGGACCCGCAACCACUUCCGCCUCCUCUGGGAGCGGCGCACGCUGGGCAGUGAGGUGUCAGAUGGCCACUCCACCAGCUACCCGUCCCUCCUCAGCCACCUGACCUCCGUGUACCUGAAUGCCCCGGUGCUUGCCCUGCCCGUCGCCAAGCGGCAGCCCCCGGCUCCCGGCCUGCGCUCAUUUCAUCCUCUGGCUUCCUCGCUGCCCUGUGACUUCCACCUGCUCAACCUGCGCACGCUCCAGGCUGAGGAUGAGACCUUGCCCUCGGCAGAAGCCGCACUCAUCCUACACCGGAAAGGCUUCGACUGUGGCCUUGAGGCCAAGAACUUGGGCUUCAACUGCACCACAAGUCAAGGCAAGGUGGCCCUGGGGAGCCUCUUCCGCGACCUGGACGUGGGCUUCCUGCAGCCGACCUCCCUGACGCUGCUGUACCCGCUGGCCUCGCCCUCCAACAGCACGGACGUCUCCCUGGAGCCCAUGGAGGUCGCCACCUUCCGCCUCCGCCUGGGCUAGGCUUCCUGUGGCCGGAGGGGAAGGGCCUCCACGUAAGGUCGGGCUGGACCAGCCGCACUGGGCACCCCGUCCCGAUCGGCCCUCGCGUCCUCUUUAUUGUUGCUGCUUCUGUGUUCGGGGGCCGCCCACAGCCCGGCGCCGGGCGGCCAGGGCAGGCGCUAGUGAGACCGGGACAGAAGGCCCUGGGUCGGAACGGGCAGGGCCGGCCGCGGCUUCGGGGUGUGAGUGGCCGCCCAGGCGCCCGUCCUUUUCCCAAAGUGGGAUGGAGGAGAAUCAGGAGAGGUGGGGAGGCCGGAGGGGAACCGCCAGCCCCAGGGUCGGCCGGUCCCGGGGGAUCCCGUGGUCGUGUGGGGACUGUGUCCCGGGGUGACAGCAGGAGCGGAGGGGUGCUGGGAGGAGGGGAUGGGGGCCGAGCCGGCAGCUUUCUGUGAGGGCUCCACUCUGAGCGCUCCCUGGCCCGAACGCCCUGCAGCGUGGCGGGAGGACGCCCUGGAGACUGUCGUGGCCGGAGGUCAGGGCACUUCAGGUGCAAAAUCCCCAUCCCAGACUGGGCGCCUGGUCUGUGUGUGGAUCUGGGGUGGGGGCGGCAGGGGCAUGGGGGCCCUCCCCCCUGCGGACUCCUCUCUGGUUCUGUCCUCUGCACACCACGGUCCCCGCGAGCCCCUCCCAGCCCCUUCCAGCCGUGGGGGCGUGUGGCCGGCGCCCAAGAUGCCCUGUGCCUGGGCGAGCGUGGGCCUCGCAGCCUCCCCGCGUGUCUCCGGGAGAACCCGGGUCCCGGCACAGGGACCAGGGACGUGUGAGUGACUGAGGCCCUGCGGCUGCUCCCCGGCCUUCAUCUCCGCUUCGACGAAUAGAGAACACGCUGCGAUAGUCUCUGUAGACGCCGAAACGACAUUUGGCAAAAUUUACAAGCUGUCCCUUAUUAAAACUCCUAAGCUUAGAAAGAGACAUGCUCAUCUAGUAAAGCUCUCUCUCAGAACCAGCAGGUGACGGGCGUCCCGUUCACGCCAGAAACUAAACUGGCCGAGGGCUCUGUUCUUUAGGGAAGUCCCGGCACUGCUGGCCCUGCAGAAGAGAAAGUCACAGUUGUCGUUAUUUGUAGGCGAUAGAAGGGCCGACCUAUAAGACCUAAGCGCGCCAGCGGAAGACCUGUUGGCCGCGUGCUGUCAGUUGACCCAAAUGAACACACAUCCGUUUCCUGAACAGACUCUGGCUCCCUCCACACAGCCCGUACAUUCAUGCUGUUCAUGGUACUUUUUGGAAUACGACAGGUUCUAAAGUGCAUUUGGAAGAGUAAAUGUGUGCGAACACCAA